AUGAACCAUUUACUCAUCUGGUGUCAGCACCCAGAAUCCGAGAAAGCCGGCCGCUACAUAGCCCAAUUGGACACUGCGCGCUGCAGUGGACAUUGGUCAGAUGUCUCGGAACUCACGCGCAAAGUGGAGAAGCACGCGCCCCAUCGCAAAUGCCUUAUACUGACAGCAAGAGCUGAAGCCCAGAUAGCAGCGUAUAACGAGCGUCGACCGGCCACCGCGGCUUCUACAUCCACAACGAGCCUACCUAAACUCAUCCCCACCCUCAUUACCGCGAUCGAAGAAGAGACGGAGUACAAGCAAGAUGCAUUUCAGGCAAAUGUGUGUUUGGGCUGGAUGCAUUCCACCCUUGACGAACCUGGACUUGCAGUAGCUAGGUUUCCCAAGGACCUGAUAGCUAGCUACAGUCAACUCAAGGAGGAAGAGCAGCUCACGGCCUGGACGUCGACGUGUGUGGUUAAAGGCGCAUAUCUCAAGGGCAUAUCUCAAGAGAGGAGUAGCGGUGCACAAGGUGCGAUACAGACGUACAGUUCGAUCCUACCGUUCCUGUCCUCUAUAGAGUCGAUAUCCUCUACUUCGUCCGAGUUCCAGAGGUGGACCGAGCUGCUUCUCAGCCGACUUUGUCUUUUAUCUGACCAAUCACUGCCUUCCGAACAAGAAGUUGCAGCCGAUCAAGCUUUGCUGGCAUACAGACUGUGGACCAGAUUCUUCGCCCAAAGAGCGCCUACGUCCACGAGUACCUUUAAACCUCUAGUCUCCUCCCGUAGACGUGUACUCAAAGCAUAUUACGACAGCCUCUCGAUGAUUUUGCAGAAGGACUUGGAGCAUCCGGCUGCCUUGGCAGUAAUACCUGAAAAUGCAAGACUCCACCAGCGUGCAGAGUUAAAAAGGGUCGAGGCAUUGUACGAGACGCAACUGUUGCAAGAGACGCAGUUCCCACGGGCUACACAGAGCAAUAAUGAGGUGGAACUCUGGGUGGAUGCUGUCAUCGAUAAUUGGAGAGUACUGUGCGGCCCGACGUGGUCUGACGAGGAGCUGGGUGAAGGGGGCAAGCCAGGCGUAGCCCGCGAGGUUCUCGACAUUCUCUACCGCGCUGCAGCAAAGACAUUCCAUUCUACUCAGAUCUUACGACAUUUGUUUAGUGUACACUCAUACCUUGCAGAGUUCCAACUUGCUUUCAAAGCUUUUGAUUCCUACUUGGACUUGGUGACUAGAAGCAAAGAGCGCACUGCGAAAAGUGGCGAAGAGGAUCUUGGGUUGGACAAAGACGAUACAAUUAUUCGUACUGCUGCAGAGGCCAUACGUGUGCUCUGCAGAUUUGGUACCAAGAAUGAAGCGGAGAAGGCCAGAACUAUAGCAAAAACUAUAGAGGCGUGGCUACGACAAAGCUCUCCCUCAGGUGCGCCGAUCAGUCCUACUCACAGCCGAGCGACCACAGCGGAGUCUAUAGAGCCGAUUGCAGAGUCGCCGCUCUCACCAAAAGUGCGUGCACUAGCUUUCCGUGCUAUUGGCAUCAGUCAAGCACAGUGGGCUCGCCAUACCUUUGAAGCAUCCGCACGAUCGACAUUACAGAUUGAUGCUGUCAAGAAUCUUCGCAAAGCCUUAGAGCCUAGUUUCGAGGCACAGAACAACCUGGAGAGUCAAUAUGCGCUUGCUUUGGUUCUCGCCGAAAUGCGGGAUAUAAGCGGUGCUACACGCGUGGUCAAGAAUGCGUUGUCAUCAAAAUCGCAAGAAACGGCGCUGCUGCCUGACGGGGAGAUCCCUGACGAGCAAGAGGCUGAUGAAGACGAUUUUACAAGAGAAAGGAAGCUUAUGCCAUUCUGGCAUCUACUUUCCUUGCUGCUAACGGCUCGAUCUGAGCCGCAGACUGCUAUCAAAGCAUGUGAGGCCGCUUUCGAGCAAUUUGAGGACCCAGAGAUUCUUUUCGGAGCCGGCGACCAGUACCGGAGCUCUCAUCUAAAUGACAUGUCGCCCGUGGAUGAGAAAAGCUUAAUCGCUACCAAAGGCUUAGUCGACAGUAUGGAGUCAUUCGAGAAGGAGGGAAUUCUUCAGAUAAAGAUGACGCAGCUUGCUCUUAUCGAAAUAUUAGACGGCGCGACCGUGGCAGUCGAUUCGAGCGACGAGCUUUUGUCAUUAUUCGGACGUUUGUAUCCGGACACAACGCCUGGGCAGCGGAACCUUCCAACACCUCAGACAGUGGUGCCUCCGAAAAGUUCGGUAGGUUCGGUGCGACACAGCAUAUUUCGCAGGCAUUGGGCGUCCCACACCAAUGCAGAGAAACCAAUUGAGGGAAGCAUGCCCGUAUCCAGUGAUACUUCGACCCUUCAUUCGCGCUCAGCGCCAACGCCAGCCCCUGCAAUUCGCGUUACCGAUGAGGAGAGUAGAAGCAAAGCAGACGUCAAUCAUAUCUUCCGUACAUCUAGUACCAACCAAGCCCCACAUCGGAGCGGUAGCAAAUUACAAAAGAAGAAGUCCGCCAGUCUUCAUCGGCAAUCCUCAGAGACUGCAGCCCCUCAGCCCGACUCCGAGCCAGAUCUCCCCAACCCAAAUGCGGACUACGGGCGAGCGAAUUCGAUUGCAUCAUCUAAGUUCCGUGUGCAGUCUGGCGCAGAGAGCUCAGGUCCGCACUCAGUCGAAGGAGGGCCAGGCCAGCACAUUGGCAUUUUGCCGCAUAACAUGAGUCAUACAGCUGCGCCUGCUCCCAUAGGUCACGUCCAUCAACCUCCAAGGCAGGAUGUCAGGCUACCAUCUGCAUUGCCGCGAUCUGGCGUACUUUCGCCGGAGCCAAGAUUUCCUGCGAUUCAAGAGAGACGUCAUAAGACGUCCUUAUUGAGCGACAUAUGGCUUUAUAUCGCUGAACUAUAUUCUAGAGCAGAGCAGUUUGAUCAAUCAAGGGAAGCCAUUGCAGAGGCUGCAAAUCUUGUGCAAGAGUUUGAGGCUGAGGUAGCGCGUAACUCUUCUUCGAGUCUCGCCACUGCUGAAAAGGGGUGGGGUGGCGGAAAGAGCGUGGACGAGCUCUGGGCCGAUGUCAAUGCGACCCGAGGCAACGUUACUCAGAUGCAGAAGCGACCACAUGAUGCACUUCAGCAUUUUGAGGUUUCCUUGUCCCAUUAUCCUUACCAUCCUGCCGCCAUCGUUGGACUAUCUUCCAUCUUGCUAGAUAUACAUUCCCAGAUAAUACCUCAGGAACCGCAGCGAAGCACGGGCAUGCUGACGCCUUCAAUAUCGAUAGGUCAGAAGGGUGCAACAAAGACAGGUUCUGGCAACCACGAACCCAAGAUCAAUGAUUUUCACAAACACCAAGUCCAUCUACAAGCGCCAUCAGCAGCAAAUAAGGCCACGCCCAGUGAGCUGAACCGUCUUGCGGCGCGUGAUCGCGCUUAUGGACUUCUAUCAUCAUUGACGAAGCUUGGGUCUGGCUGGGACUAUUCGGAGGCUUGGUAUACCUUAGCCAGAGCGUAUGAAGAGGGCGACCAGAUAGAGAAAGCAAAAGAGGUACUAUGGUGGUGCGUAGAACUGCAAGAUGCGAAGCCAAUAAGGCAUUGGAGUGUCGCCGGCAAUGGGGGAACAUUGUUAUAG